UCCUCUCCUCUCCUUUCCUGCUGGGCAGGUGGCGCGGCGGAGAGCGCCCUUCAGGACGGCCGCGGCGGCUCUAAUGCAAUGACAGCUUAUACCAACGGGGUUACAGAUCCUCACAGAACUGAAGAACUCAGGUAGCAUCUGGAACUUGGGACUCUUAUUAUUGUUUCCUACUCUAGUAUGAGGGCAUCAUUUCUGUUUAGCCUCUUGUUGGGGUUGCUGCCCAUAAAAAUCAGUGGGGACUCUUGGAAAUGCCCAUAUAUUUCUUAUAACCUGACUAGUAAUUAUUCAGUGAAAUACAACUUUCCUACAUUCAUCGCAGAGAGUCCCAUCCAGAACAUAGUAAGCUAUGAGCCUGCUAAUGCUAUCUUUGUUGCACUUCGGAACAAGAUCUACAUAUUGAAUUCUGAGAUGAAAAUCCUCUCUGCCGUAGUAACUGGUCCCUGGGGAAGUCCCAAUUGUACAAUCUGUGCCCUGUGCCCAGUGAAGGGACCAAUGGAUUAUGAAGACACAGAUAACAAAGUGUUGGUGCUGGAUCCUUUUGAACCUUGGCUUUACAGUUGUGGGAGUUCGCAACAUGGGAUCUGCUUCCUGCAUAGCAUUGAGACAGUGGGCAGCAUUGCUUCAAUUAAAAAAACUUCAUGCUUAUAUUCAGCUAAGUUUAACAAACCUUCUGAAUGUCCAGAUUGUGUGGCCAGUCCCUUAGGAACAAGAGUCAUAGUUGUUGAUCAGUCUUCUGCGUACUUUUACAUUGCAUCUACUAUCAACGUGAGUAUUGCAGAGACCUAUAGCCCUAAAUCAGUAUCUAUACGGAGACUGAAGAGUACACAGGAUGGAUUCGACCAUCUUUUCCACUCUUUAACUGUGCUGCCUGAGUAUCAAGACACGUACCCCAUUGACUAUGUGUAUUCCUUUAACAAUGAGGACUAUGUAUAUUUCCUAACCAUCCAAAGAGAAAAUCUCAACUCCAGAGUGUACCACACUAGGAUAACACGGCUCAACAGUAAAGAGAGUGAAGUACGCAAUUACCGUGAGUUGAAUUUGGAGUGCCGCUUUCGACAUAAGCGAAAGAGGAGCCUUGAAGUAAACAACAGGGAGGUAAAUUUUAAUGUAUUGCAGGCAGCCCAUGCUACCCAACCUGGCUCAAAGCUGGCUGAUGAGCUUACUAUUAGUGACUCAGAACUGGUUCUUUUUGGUGUGUUUGCUGAAAGCCAGGCAGAAAGCCCGGUGCCCCAGAAGUACUCAGCAGUUUGUGCUUUUCCUGUGAGCAAGAUCAAUGAAGCUAUUGACCGUGGAAUGACAAAAUGCUGCAGUUCAAGUUUCCAUGACAAGAUCUUUCGAGGCCUAUCGUUUUACCAGGAUACGGAGUACUGUCCACAUAACGUCAACUAUUCAGCUGCAGUGGUGGACACCAGCUGCCAGAGGAAGCCCACCUAUAUUGCUACAGAUAGCUUCAGAUUGGACCUUUUCAACGGACAUAUGUCUGAUGUGUUACUGACAUCUAUCUAUGUAACAGUAAUAGAUGACAUGACUGUGGCUCACCUCGGCACAUCAGAAGGACGUAUAUUGCAGGUAGUGCUUCAGGGAUCCAGUGUUUACACAAUCAGAGUGGCCAACUUCUCUUUGGGGGAGAAAUUACCAAUUUUGAGGGAGGUUAGCAAACUUCACGACUCUUUGUUGUUUGCAGCAGGAAAUAAGGUUUUCCAGAUAAGCAAGAUUGGUCCAGGUUGCCACCAUUUCCUGACUUGCCUCCGCUGCCUGAAGGCACCACGUUUUAUGCAGUGUGGCUGGUGUCGAAGUUCAUGCACCCGUCGGGAAGAGUGCAAGGAGAACUGGGACAAGGAGAGCUGCCCUCCAGUCCUCACAGAUUUUCAUCCUAGGAAUGCCCCACCUUCCGGCAGCACAAAGGUGACUCUCUGUGGGAUGGGAUUUCAGUCACGUCCAUAUUUUUCUGGCACUGAUAUUCCACAGGUAAAGCCCACUGACUACAGGGUUACAGUGGGUCAAAGGACGUGCGCUGUGCUGUUUGAAGAGAGCUUGGCAAACAGGUACAGUCAAGUGCCACAGAGGAAGGAUUUUGUUGAGGCUAUUGUCUGCACUUUAUCACCAAAAGGGAAAGAGAAGCUGCAGGAGCCACAAGAGGUUACGCUCACCAUUGCUGAGAAGAAAGUUCCUCAAUUUUAUAUCAAUGGCACUUCAGUACUCACUGGCUUUGUAUUUAUGCUGCCAAAAAUAACUUCCAUUCACCCUGCUUAUGGUCCAUUGGCUGGAGGAACAGAGAUCGCUAUCAAAGGAGAAAAUCUCCUGGUGGGAGGCACAAGGAAAGUUUUGAUGAAUGGCCUAGAUUGUCCCUUGGUGAGCAGAGAAAGCCAGAGAGAGAAAGACAUCAUCUGCACCACCCCUUCCGUGAGCCACCUAACCAAUGCUUCCGUGACUGUAAUAAUUGAUGAAGAACAGUUUGUUUCUCCACAGCACUUCCGUUAUAGAGAAAACCCCCAGAUACGCAAUGUCUCCCCCAACUGCAGCUAUGAGGGAUCAAAUCUUUUCAUAUCUGGCACCAAUUUGGAUUCAGUGUAUAGUACAAAAGUACAAUUUGUGACUGCAAAAAUGAAAACCACGGCUAAAGUAUGUGAGGGCCACCUGUCUGCAGAAAAACUGGUGUGCCAAACUCCUGCCUAUCGAUUUGAAAACAAAGCAGAGACUACACUUGGAGAGCUAAACAUCUUGAUGGAUGGAGUUCCUGGGUACAAGCAUUCUGGCAUCCUCUACUACCCCAGGCCAGUUAUCUACCCCUUCGAACAUGAAAAUAAAUGGUACAUACUCAGUCAAGGGGAAGAUGAGAUUGAGAUUCAUCACAUAGGACUGGAUGCUCUGGCAGGUUGCAUGCCAAUCUCUAUGACAGUGGCUAACACAGAUUGCUACCCCAGUGUGCUGAAAAAUGAGGUCACAUGCCGAAUCCCCAAAAAUCUUGUCAUCCCUCCGGAAGGUGUGCCAGCACAGAUUUGUGUCAAUGGAAACUGCACAGACCUAGGCAUUGUGAUGGUCGUCUCUUCCUUCUCCACAGUUGCUGUUAUCUUUGGGAUUAUUUCAGCCAUCCUAUUCCUCUGCCUCAUUGCAUUUCUGCUCAUGAAAUAUAUCCAGCAGAAGAAGACAGGAACUGAGAAUUUGGAAAGACUUUCAAGCCUCAACAGGGGCACACCAAGCAUUCCUCUUCUUCCUAUCAACAUUGGCUGUAUGGAUGCUGCUGAGUCCCCACAUAGAGCCUCCCCAGAUGCACGUUUUGGAAGUGUCUCUUACACAGGGAGCAGUGAUGGUUCUUUUGUGCCCUUCAUGCGAGUGCCUUCUUACUCCAUUAAAAAUUUUCGGCCAGAGCUUUUGGAAGAGGUAAAGGAUGUUCUUAUCCCAGAAGAGCGGUUGGUCAUGCAUCAGGACCAGAUCAUUGGCAAAGGGCAUUUUGGACGUGUUUAUCAUGGAACAUACAUAGAUUCAUCUUGGAGAGAGAUACGCUGUGCUGUUAAAUCUCUCAACCGCAUCACUGAUUUGGAUGAAGUGGAAGAGUUUUUGAAAGAGGGGAUUCUGAUGAAAAGUUUCCAUCACCCCCAUGUCCUCCAUCUCAUUGGGAUUUCCCUUCCUAGGGAAGGACUCCCUCGCGUGGUGCUGCCAUAUAUGAAGCAUGGAGAUCUGCGACAUUUUAUCCGUUCUGGGGAAAGGAACCCUACUGUGAAGGAUUUAAUAGGCUUUGGACUGCAAGUAGCUCAAGGAAUGGAAUAUUUGGCCCAGAAUAAGUUUGUACACAGAGACCUUGCUGCUAGAAAUUGUAUGCUGGACGAGACCUACACAGUAAAGGUGGCAGACUUUGGCCUAGCCAGAGAUGUUUUUGAUAAGGAAUAUUACAGCAUCAAGCAACAUCGCCGAGCAAAGCUCCCUGUGAAGUGGAUGGCUCUGGAGAGCUUGCAGACCCAAAAGUUUACCACAAAAUCUGAUGUAUGGUCUUUUGGGGUCCUUAUGUGGGAGCUGAUGACACGAGGGGCGUCUCCCUACCCUGAAGUUGAUCCAUAUGACAUGACCCUCUACUUGUUGAAAGGAAGGAGGUUGCCCCAGCCUGAAUACUGUCCAGAUUCUCUCUACAGCAUAAUGCUGAAUUGCUGGACCCCAAGUCCCGAGGAGCGGCCAACCUUCACUAUCUUGAUUGAAGAAGUGGAACACAUUCUAGCCUGCCUAAAGGGAGACCAUUACAUCAACCUCAAUGUCACCUAUGUCAACCUUGAUCAAGGCCAUCCUUUCCCCCCUUUAAUCAGCUGUGAACUGGAUUCCAGUGGGUUGAGCGAAGAAGAGGACAUAGCAGUUGCCUGAGUGAGGAGUCUCUUCCCAGGAAGCACAUUACUGAGUGGAGCAUAACAUUGUGGAGGCACAUGCUACAUGUGGCUUCCUCCUGAGACUCAAGUGUCUUCUUGACUCUAACUCUGGUCAGACCUUAAAGUUGCCUUUCUAAUCUCACCUACAUUCUGAAUGAAACUGUGAUCAGGGACUCAGAGCCCUUCUGUGACAUUUAUUUCUUCAUAGUCUUCACUUUACUUGGACUAAGGAUGUGGGCUGGGAAUCGAGAAAAAGCAGAGAUAAGCCCAUCCCUCCUGUAAAAGGUGGGGCAGGUCCCCUCGAUCUUUAGAGAAAGAGACAUAUUCAGAACACAUGGCAGUUUGUGUGCUGACCUUGGUUUUAUAAAAUAAUUUAAUGUCUCAGCCUGUGGUUGAAUCUGUAUAUAACAGAAUAAAUGGAUUAAUGUA